CGGAACUGCGUUUGGAACUUUUCUGACCUGCAGGUGCAUUUGCACUCGAGACUGAUAAGCGAAUUCAAGGUCGCGUGGGUGGGUGGUCAAUCAGUCUCAACCCUUUGGCUUGUGGGCAAGGCGAUGUUGUGCUUUGCGAGUGCCUGACCACAAAAAGCAGCAAAGGGUGGCGAAGACUCAUCUCAUAUAGAUACAGAGCAGCGACUCUUGACUCGAGAUCUUCGCACCAAAGUCCCUUCAAACGUCCCUCCUCUUCAUCCUUGUACGCUUGCUGACGAGAAGUCGCCCACAAUGUCGCUCCGCGACGAGAUUGAAUUCACGACCCUGGCCAAGAAACCGAGCAGACAAGCUGCGCACCAGUCGGGGGAGAAGCAAGCAGCAGCUAGCAGCUCGCGGUCACAGAGUCCCAGUAGCGCGGAUGGCAUCGAAUGUGACGCAAAGAAUGAGAAAUUCUUGGCAGUCAUGGAGACCGGUCCCACGGCGGUAGACGCGUCGGUGCAGGAGGCCAACUUGAAGUCCAUGGGAAUCAUUGAAGAUGAAGAGGAUGGCCACGUCACUCGAGGUCUCAAGCAACGACACAUGGCGAUGAUCGCGCUGGGUGGCACCAUUGGAACGGGUCUCUUUGUCGGGCUGGGAACGAGCUUGGCGAGCGCCGGACCAUUGUCGACCCUGCUCGCUUACAGCUUCAUGGGCUUUCUCGUUUGGGGUCUGAUGAUUGCUUUGGGCGAGAUGGCUACCCUCUUCCCGACAUCUUUCAUCAUCCACGCUGGAAGGUUCGUCUCUCCUGGAUUCGGAGCAAGCUUGGCGUGGAUGUACUGGUUUUCGUGGGGCAUCUGCAUCCCUACCGAAAUCAGCGCGACUGCAUUGAUCAUCGGCUUCUGGGAUGUGGAACAAAAGAUCAGCCCUGCUGUCUGGAUUUCUAUUCUUCUGGUUCUAGUCACAUUUGUCAAUUUUGCUGGGGUGCGGUGGUUCGGAGAAGUCGAAUUCUGGAUGUCGACGCUCAAGGUUGUGACGGUCGUCGGCCUGAUCAUUCUGAUGUUGGUGCUCGACCUGGGAGGUGGGCCCACCGGCGAAUUCAUCGGCGGGAGGUACUGGCGCGACCCAGGUCCAAUGGCGCAAUUUCUUUGGACUCGAGGCGCUGAUGGAGCACCUGAAGGCGGAAUCUCUGGAUCGUGGGGCAGAUUCUUGGCAUUCUGGAGUGUGCUCGUAUCUGCAAGCUUUGCUUUUGCUGGCACCGAAAUUGUCGGCAUUUGCGUAGGAGAGGUCGAAGCGCCCCGGAAGAAUGUGCCAAAAGCUAUCAAGAGGGUCGCGUAUCGAAUUGGACUCUUCUACGUUCUCGCCGUCCUCUUCGUGGGCCUUUGCGUGCCUUACACCGACGACAGGCUUCUCACAGACUCCAGCACCGCUUCAGCCUCCCCUUACGUCAUUGCCAUCGAAUCUGCGCGCAUCAAAUUUCUACCGAACCUCAUCAAUGCGGUGCUCGUCGUCGUCACAUGGAGCGCGGCUCAAGCAGAUCUUUACGCCGCUAGCAGAGCUCUCUAUGCUCUCGCGCUGGAAGGCAGGGCCCCGAGAAUCUUCCGCAAAUGCACUAAAGCCGGCCUUCCCUUCUGGUCGCUCGUCGCCACGUCUUUAUGGGGACCGCUUGCUUACCUGGGCAUUGGAUCGAUCGGUGCCGAGAAAGCUUUCGGUUACCUAUACGACCUCAGCGCUGUUUCAAUCCUUGUCUGCUGGUGGGCGAUCUUGAUCACCUACUGUCGUUUUCACCGUGGACUUGGCUUGCAAGGUCUUGCAAGGUCGGAUCUGCCGUACAUCGCACCGUUGCAGCCAUACCUGAGCUGGUUUGUGGUCCUGAUCUUCAGCAUCAUUAUCCUAUUGGCCGGCUUUCAGGUCUUCAUGAGGGGACUAUGGGCGGCUGACACGUUCGUGACCACAUAUCUACCGGUCAUUGUGUUUCCGAUCGUCUGGGUUGGAUACGACCUUUGGCAAGGUACCAGGGUGGUGUCAUAUCGAGAAAUGGACCUGCAGUCUGGCAGAAGGGAAAUCGACGAGUUAGAAGAAUUUGCGGCUCUCAACUACAAACCGGACAGUGUGAGCGAACGCAUUCUGAAUUGGCUAUUUUGAAGCGCAUUUCGAUACUGUACUGCUUGGUCUUUCGAUUCUUGGAUGCGGUAUAUUGCUACAUGUAUUAUGAUCGCAAUGACAUGGGAGGACUUUCGUGUAUGAGCUCGGAGUCAUUUGUGGC